AUGGAGGGCCAUGAUCCAAAGGAACCAGAGCAGCUGAGAAAGCUGUUUAUUGGUGGUCUGAGCUUUGAAACCACAGAUGAUAGCUUAAGAGAACAUUUUGAGAAACGGGGCACACUUACAGACUGUGUGGUAAUGAGAGAUCCUCAAACAAAACAUUCCAGAGGCUUUGGUUUUGUGACUUCCUCUUGUGUCGAAGAGGUGGAUGCUGCAAUGUGUGCUCGUCCACACAAGGUUGAUGGACGUGUGGUGGAACCAAAGAGAGCUGUUUCUAGAGAGGAUUCUGUAAAGCCUGGUGCCCAUUUAAUGGUGAAGAAGAUUUUUGUUGGUGGUAUUAAAGAGGAUACAGAAGAAUAUAAUCUGAGAGACUACUUUGAAAAGUAUGGCAAGACUGAAACCAUAGAAGGAAGACAGGCAGAGUGGGAAAAGAGAGGAUUUGCUUUUGUAACUUUUGAUGAUCAGGAUACAGUUGAUAAAAUUGUUGUUCAGAAACACCACACUAUUAAUGGGCAUAAUUGUGAAGUGAAAAGGGCCCUUUCUAAACAAGAGAUGCCGUGUGCUGGAUCACAGAGAGGACGUGGAGGGGGAUCUAGCAACUUUAUGGGACGUGGAGGAAACUUUGGUGGAAGAGAAGGCUAUGGUGGUGGAGGCGGAGGCAGCAGAGGCAGUUAUGGAGGUAGUGGUGAUAGAUAUCAUGGAUUUGGAGGUGAUGGUAACUAUAGUGGUGGUGGGAACUAUAAUGACUUUGGAAAUUAUAGUGGACAGCAGCAAUCUAAUUAUGGACCCAUGAUGGGGGCAGUUUGGGUGGAAGAAGCUCAGGCAGUCCCUGUGGUGGUGGCUAUGGAUCUGGAGGUGUAA